CGCCACCGCCCGGGAGGAAGAGGAGGGGCUCUACCUGCCCGUCCCGCCCCGCUCCAGGUGCGAGGUGGAGCAGGAAGCGGCGGCGGCGGCGCCUGAGGGACCCGCGCCCGCUUCGGCGCCGGGCCCAUGCGGGGAGAUGGCGGCGGGCCGGGCGCUGGCCGCGCUCCUGGCCGCGCUCCUCGCCGCCUCGGCGCAGCUCCUCCAGCGAGAAGCUUCCUUUACAAUCUCCCUUCGCACAGUGGACAAUGUCACGGUUACGAUUAAACUGAGACCCAGUGUUCCACCAAGCUGUCGGAUUCGGGUUAAAAAUGUCACCAGGUCUGAGCUCAAGAUAAAGCCUGGGAACAACACGACUUUUACCUUCACUUGUAGUACUCCAGAGAAGUAUUUCACCAUGGAAAUUGAGAAGAAAAUUGACUGUGUAUCAGGCCCCUGUCCCUUUGGAGAUGUUCAUCUAUACCCACCGGCGCUACCUCGCCUUAACAGGACUUUCAUCUGGGACGUGAAGGCGAGCACAAAGGCUGGACUUGAACUGAAAUUUACCCCGUGGCUGAAGCAGAUUGAACCAGGGGAGACGUGCCCGGAUUCCCUCAGCUACAACAUCAACAGCUGUAUCGAUCAGGCCACGGUCAACAUUGGCACCUUCUGCAGGAACGGCUCCGUGUCUCGCGUCAAGCUGCUGGGAGGAGUUAUCAUGGCUCUGCACCUCCCAUGGAACUCACCUCUCAACACCUCAGGCUUCAACAUAGCUAACAGGGCUUCCAUAAAACGGUUAUGCAUUAUUGAAUCCAUUUUGAAGGAGGAGUCUUCAAUCACCCUGAUGUCCCCAAACUACCCGCUGGGCUUUCCAGAAGAUGAGCUCAUGACGUGGCAGUUCGUGGUUCCUUCCAACAUGAGAGCAAGCGUGUUUUUCCACAACUACAGCCUCUCCAACUGCGAAAGGAAAGAGGAGAGGGUCGAGUAUUACAUCCCUGGCUCCCCCAGCAACCCAGAGGUGUUCAAGCUGAGCGACAGCCAGCCUGCCAAUAUCGCUGGCAGCUUCAACUUGUCCCUGCAGGGCUGUGAUCAGGAUGCCCAGAACCCAGGCAUCCUCCGCUUGCUCUUCCAAGUCGUCGUUCAGCACCCACAGGUCGAUGAGAAUGUCACCCAUUUGGUCGACCUGAGCAAGGAGUGGAACACGACCGUGACGAUUCACUUCGAAGGGUGGCCCAUCCGCGCUCCACUCAUGUCUGAACCCAUAUGCCUCAUCUGUAAGGAUCCUCGCAACUGUGAUCGCGCAUUGACUUUAGUGUCUGGUGCCAUCUACAAGAUCUCCUUUCUGUGCAAGGACUUGUCCCGGCUGAGGAUCACAGCUGAGAAAGGCAUAAGCUGUGUCGAUCUCCGGUGGUGUCAGAGGAAGAUCUAUUCCCUUUCAGUGCCCAACGCUAUCACCCAGCUGCCGAUUCGACUGCAUAAGUUCAUUUGGAAGCUCUUGGCUCCCGAUCUGAUCAACAUAGAAAUUACAUCUCCAUCCUUGAGACUUCAGCAACACGUCCCGGAGCAGAGGUGCAACACGAGCUACAGUUACAGCAUUGUCAGUGCCACCCCGGAGACCGAGCUGAACGUUGGUGUGUUCUGUCCUGGUGGAUCCAUUGAAAAGAUUCAGAUGAGGAAUAAUAUCACCGUAUCUUUAAAAACGUUUGGGAAAGGAUUCCUCAACGAGUCUAACCAUCAGGAUCUGAAAAUGUCUUUCGUGCCUCAUAUUAAAGAUGAGUGCACUUUCACUGUGAGUCCAGAUCCAAAAGCCAAAGUUUACUUGCAGACUCCCAACUGGCCUUACGGUCUCCCUCCUUACGUCUCCAUAUCCUGGUACAUCCUUGUGCCUAGCAAGCAAGUUGCCCGCCUGGGGUUCUCCAAGGACCGCAUGGGCAUUGUGUGUGAGACGGGCCGUGCCUAUGUCAACAUAAAGGAGGAGACACCAGGGGCAGAGGAGACCGUGCGCCGUGAGGACGAGCUGCUGCCCCAGCCCCGAAAUAUGCAUCACAACUUCUGGGUCAACGUCUCCAACUGUAAGCCUGUGGAGAGGACGCAGCUGACCUUGCAGUUCCAGGUGACUUCUGCCGACAAGCAGAUAGACUUAGGAGUGAUCCUUGCGGUGGUGGCCGGGGCUGGAGUUCUCACUGCUAUUGGACUGACUGUGUGCUGUGUCAAGAAGAAGAAGAAGAAAAGCCAGGACCCCAUGGUGGGAGUGUACAAUCCUAACGUGAAUACCCAGAUGCCUGGGAAACAAGGCUUAUUCACAAAAGGGAGGAAAAACAACGAAUCUCAUGUCUAUGCAGUUAUUGAUGAUGCUAUGGUCUAUGGGCACUUGCUGAAGGAAUCCAAUGGCUCAGUCAGUCCAGAAGUUGAUGUGUACCGGCCUUUUGAUGGACCCAUUGGUAGCUUGCCACCCUCUCCACCUCCAUUCUCCUUCAGAAAAGACAUUAAAUGCUCUUCUAACACCGAGGACCCUCCACCUCUGACAGACAUGGACCAUGACACUUACACCUUCGCCCAUCAGAAAUCAGGGCAAUCAGAGGACAACGGAGAUACAAAUGAAGAGAAGAAUGGAGGUACAAGCACAUCCUUGCUGGAAGAUAAGGAACAGGAUGGUUCAGUGGAGUAAUUUUACACCAGGUAUAGCAGUUUCCUGUGGAAAUCCAGGUGUAAGCACGGGGUCUAGGGAAAAAUAACUGAAGAGGAGUGUUAUUUUUAAAGGUGUGUUGAUGUUGUUUCUGUUUCUGUGUGUGUGUGUGUGUGUUUGGUUGUUGGUUGGUUUUAAACGUCAGCCGUUGAUAGCUUUCAGUUUUAGAGUGAACAUCCAUCAAACUCCCAAACCAGUUGAGGCACUCCAGGACUGCAUGCGCUUCUGGUUGUGAAACUGGUGGCAAAGGUAUGCUCCUGCUUUUUCUUACAGAGAAAAUGAAUCCCUAACUGCCAGCUUAAAGCUGUGGCAAUUAAUAAAGUGGGGAGAGAGUCCUGUCCAGUAUUUGCCUCCUCUCACAAGUCAUUUGUUCCUGAGUGUUGGUUGGUGACUCUUGGAAGACAUAGGCUACGUCACUGUCUCAGGGCAGCUCCAGGUUGCAGGCAUCUAAGCAAAGGAGGUGGCACUGUCAUUUCCACCUCUUGCUGCUUGCAGAUUCAUCAUGUUUAGUGUGCAGGUGGUUAUGAAUGUGUAGUGAAAGACUGCGUACGCCACCUGGAAGAGCUCCAUGUGCGUAAGUGAAGUUUGAGCUUGGGCUCUUCUAGUUCAGAAGUAGAGUUAUGGGUUCUCUCUCAUUUCCAGCUGACUUUGUUAUACUGGGUUAGCCUGCACCAAAGCCUGUUUCUCUGAAAUGCAAAGAAUGAGAGUGAAGCCAUAAGGAAAGCCUUGAUUGUUUAAUUAGGGUUUUGGUUAAUCAGUCUGGAUUUAACAACCAUGCUGAAAUGAUGGUGGGAACAGCUCUUGAUUUCUAGCACGACUUACACUUAGGGUGUCUGGCUGCCUUUGACAAGCACCUCUUGAACUCAGGUAAACCACAGGUCUCAUUUGUAAGUGCUGUACUUAGGAUGCCGCUCGGUGUCUGUGCCUUUUAACACUUGAGGGUCAGGUCUUUGUGCAUAGGAUUACGGGUACAUGAAUAAAGUUGCCUUUUACAUAGAGACACCUGGCUGGGCCAGCUGUGCAGUUCCUGAGGAUGUUUGCCAUUCUGCAUGCAGCCCUAGACCCAAGAAGUUCUCUCCAGAUGUCUUCUUAUGACUGUUUCUUGCCUAGUGAUACACAGCGGUGCCAUAAAACUUUUAGUGUUGCAUGCAGUAAUGUUCAACAUAUAAUGAUGUCUAAAAUGAGAAUGUCCUUACUAGAUACCUUUAUUGUUUACAUGUUUUACAAUGUGGAUUUCUUCCUGUGUUAACUAUGCUGGCACUGCAGAUUGCCUAUUUAUUUGGUCAAGUGUGUGUGUUUUAAGUGUGUACUAUUAUACUGCUUGGACCGCUAUUACAUUCACUAUAAUGUUGUAUCUGGCUCAGUUUUCUGUAGCAUAUAGCAAACCAUGUGCCAGCUAAAAGUGCCUUUUAAUUGUUUCAUGUAUUUUCAUGCUUGUAAUUUUUAAUAGAGAAAUAUGUAUUCCUAAAUCUCUGGCAAGUCACUGGGAACCAUGCAUUUCAAAGUGUACUGGGUCAUUUUAAUGCCAUUUGAGAAUGAAAAAGAGACUCCUGCAAUACUGGUAUCUGUUUUUCUCAGGUAACUGAAUUGCCACAGUGCAUUUUGAUCAGAGUAGUCCAGUUGUGCCUUUGUCUGCUCAGUGUUUCUCACUUCUAUUGAAAAGGAGUAAGUGUAAGAGCAAUUCAGGGCUGUCUCACCCCUCUGGCUCGGUUUCUGCAGUUGCUUAGAUGGACAUUCUCCUUCUAACCAACAGAAGAAAACAUAAUGGAGGUCAGGCUUGUGUUCACAGCAUCUUCAUCUUUGAAGGAAGAACACAAUGCUUGUUAGCUGGUGGUUUUAUUUGUUGUAUUUUAACUCAUCGUCCGGUACAGCAGUAUGAACCUUAGUUUAUGGUUGUUUUCAGUCUAAGGUUGACUUUCACUGUGCUCAUUUUUGGUAUGGUUAGAGUUAAGAGUGCAGGCACUAAUCCCAGUUUGCUUUUCAUUACGUUGUGACUUAGGUUUAUUUUUAAUAAAUAUAUAAAACACAAUGAUAC